UUCUUUCCCCGUGGCGCGGGCGGGCGCAUAAUUGGCCAUCGUGUGUCCGGCGCGCCACGGGGGCGUGGUGAUCGGAUGACCGCGCCCAUCCCCUUAUCCACCUCCUGUCUUGUUGGGCUGCAUUUACAGGCGUUCUCUGCCUGAUUAUGAUAUCGAAUACAGGUGAGCUGGGUACUUUAUAAGGAGCACACUUACAAGGAGAGCUGCAGGAAGGCAUCGCCGAAAUGCGCAUCGGGGUACGUGGCUCUCCUGAGGUGGAUAUCCCUAAUAUAAUGGGAUUUUUGUCAAUCGGAGUCUGGGCUUGGAGAAAAUAAAGUGUUUUGGAUUUGAUAUGGAUUAUACAUUGGCAAUGUACCGAUCCCCAGACUAUGAGGAACUUGGCUUUGAGCUUCUUCUGGAUAGACUGGUUUCCAUUGGAUACCCACAUGAAAUUCUUCAGUAUAAGUAUGACCCCAACUUUCCGACAAGGGGUCUAGUAUUUGACAGCCUCUACGGAAACUUGCUGAAAGUUGACUCCAACGGCAAUGUGCUGAUGUGUACUCAUGGCUUCCGCUUCUUGAAAGGGGCGGAAGUCUGGAUUAAAUACCCCAAUAAAUUCAUCCAGAGAGACGACACCAAGAGAUAUCACAUCCUCAACACGCUGUUCAACUUGUCAGAGACCUACCUAUAUGCCUGUCUGGUGGAUUUUUUCACUGACUGCUCACGAUACGUUAACUACGACACCGGAUACCGCCAUGGCAAUCUGUUUAUGUCCUUCAAAAGUAUGUUUCAGGACGUGAGAGACGCGAUGGACUACAUGCAUGACUUGGGUAUUCUGAAGGAGAAGACGCUGAAAGAUCUGAAUAAAUAUGUUGUCAGAGAUGAGAGAAUCCCUUUGCUGUUGAAUCGUUUACGGGAGGUGGGAAAGGUUUUUUUGGCCACAAACAGUGAUUACAAAUACACCAACGCCAUCAUGUCCUACCUGUUUGAUGAUGGAAUCGAAGACAAGUAUGACCCCAAGAAGAAGAUAUGGCGGUCUUAUUUUGAUCUGAUCGUCGUGGACACAAGGAAGCCGCUCUUCUUUGGAGAAGGGACUGUUCUUCGCCAAGUCAACACGGAUAAUGGGAUGAUACGAAUUGGAACUUACACAGGCCCCCACCAGCACUGUGCGGUGUACUCAGGAGGCUCCUCAGACACUGUAUGUGACCUACUUGGGGUAAAAGGAAAAGACAUCCUGUAUGUCGGGGACCACAUCUUUGGAGACAUUUUGAAAUCCAAAAAAAGGCAGGGAUGGAGAACGUUUCUAGUCGUGCCUGAACUGGCCAAAGAGCUCAACGUCUGGACUGAGAAGAGCAAUCUUUUCAAUGAGUUGAAGGGACUGGACGUCAUCCUUGGCCAGCUACACGAACACACAGACAGUGGCAGCACCGAGCAACCAAAUAUCAGCUCCAUUCAGAAGCAGAUUCAGAAAAUUACCCAAGAGAUGGACAUGUCUUACGGGAAGAUGGGCAGCCUGUUCCGCAGUGGUUCCUGGCAGACACUCUUCUCCAGCCAGCUGAUACGUUACGCCGACCUGUAUUCUGCCUCCUUCCUGAACCUCCUGUACUAUCCCUUCAGCUACGUGUUCCGAGCUCUUCCUGUACUGAUGCCACAUGAAUCCACAGGGGACUAUGUAAGUGUGGACGGAGCAGAUGCCAGCAAGGUUCUUGGGCAACAUCUGAAAUAUAUCAAAAGGGAGCAUCUUCAAGACGAUUGGCUGCAGCUGGUGAACACCGCUAGGUUAAGCCUUCAGGACUCGCCGGCAUUAAAGCCUGAAACAGAGAAAACUCCCCCAAGUGUCAUGUUGUAUUAGAACUGAACGUCCAUCAGAAGGACGUGCACCUAAUGUGGGAUUAGAUCAGAUACUCCGUGUUCAGUGCCGCACCACUGACGGCUGGACGGGCAAUACUCACACACAAAACCAUGGAGUGGUGAUUGUUACAGGAACGAAACGCAGUCUACAGAACACAGUUUUACAUAGUGUUUUACAUAGUAGGUCAGCGCCACUGACGUAACUAGGGCUCAGAAGAGAAACUACAGUACUUAGUCGAUCUUCAACCGUCAACCAUUAAGGGUGUGUUCGCACUAGCGUUAUGCCAUUCCGUUAUAGGUCUGGUUUCUGUUCUGUCGACAGUCCUGCAUAACGGAAAGCAGACAGAUCCGUUAUGCUAGCCUACAGACUUCUAUUAGAACGGAGCAAAACGGGAUGCCUCUUAAAGGCUUUCGUUUUGCAUUCCGUCCUAGAAUUCCAUUAUAUUCCGUUAUAAACUGAACCUAUGGCAUAACGCUAGAGCGAACCCACCCUAGCUCAGAAGGGCCUGUUUUUUCCCCCUGAAGGCUGCUCUCUGGUGUUCAGAAAGAGUAUUACAUGUAUUACCAGAAUACUCAUUAAUAGGACUGAUCAAUAACAGUCAAUCUGUUACGUGUCAAGCUCUGAGUGCAGGACUAUUGGGAAAAGUAGAAUUGAAGAGUUUACAUUGUACUUUUAAAAAAAUAUUUUUUGUGUUA